AUGAACCAGGAAGGCCCGUCACUGAUUAUGAGGUCAGUGUCCGGCAAAAGCAUUUCAAGCCAUCGCAACAGCGAAGAGAUUUACGGAUCCGCAUCUUAUCGCGAAGUGGGCUGUGGAAUGUCCAAUCGUGACACAGAUGGUAAACAAUUAGGAGUUACAAGGACCACCAUCGUCGAAGGACUCGAUAUCCAUAUCCAACGCCGCCGCAGUCUAAAACAGGAAGAUAACUGCACUGCCUUCGAUGAGUUGCCGCUGAUAGAAGGCACAUCUGAAGAAAUUGAAGGUCCACCACAGCGAAAUCGGCAAGGCUACAUAUACCGAGAUCUACCGAAUGACUGUAUUCGUUUGCUUAAGAUACUGCCUGGCGAAAAGUCCAGCGCCGUACACUGUGAACUGCGGGAAUUCGUACUCACGUCUGAGCUGAAAUAUGUUGCUUUAUCGUACACCUGGGGCAGAGGACCCGACGUUGAUAAGAUCAUGAUAAAUGACUAUGAGGUACGGAUCCGUAGAAAUCUGUUACGUUUCCUGCACCAGGCGCGGGCGUCACACCUUGAUCGCUUCCAAUGGCUGUGGAUCGAUGCACUGUGUAUCAACCAGAACGACAAUCGGGAGCGCAUGCAUCAAGUUGAUCUCAUGGCUCAAAUUUACCAAGCUGCAUCAAUCGUAAUCGUUUGGCUUGGUCCAUCUUACAACGGGAGUGAUGUGGCAUUCGCUCAUUUCAAUCGCACAAUCCAUCGUGGACGCGCUGAUAUGGUACGCAAAAUGAGCGCUGGAAAAAGUUCAGGUCUAUACAUAGCAGCUUUGUGCUAUCGUCCAUAUUGGCGAAGGUUAUGGAUACUACAAGAAACAUUUCUUGCGAAACACCUUUUGCUGAUGUGCGGUGCUCGCAUAUCGCCAUGGCAGCCUUUUCGUGAUCUAUUGCUUGAAGCACGAGAGUACGAUAGCGAUGCGAUGCUCACGCUUCCCAAGCACUCCAGGCUGGCAGGAGGCCUCGAGCUGACGUUCAUUCCAAAGAGCCCCGCCAUGUUCGUCGUCGACCUGACCUGGAAACAAGAUAAUAAACAAAUCCUUCACGACCUCCUUUUUGAGACCACGUCCUUGCAAUGCGCGGAUCCGAGAGAUAAGGUUUAUGCGCUUCUCGGCAUCGCAGCGCAAAGUCACAGCGACAUUCGACCCGAUUAUGAUGUCAUGAUGCCCGAUCUUUUGAAUGCGGUCCUCCGAAAUUACCAUCAGCAUCUACCACCGAAGGACUUGAACAAUGUGUUUAGUCACUGCCACGCGCUGGAGCGCAUUUUCGAACUGGAGCAAUCAGCUAUGCUCAGUAUGACUGGCAGAAGGACGGACAUGCAUACAUCCAAUACGAUCAUUGGACCUGAGCUACAUUUUGGACUCCCAAACUCUCCAAUCACGUGGUGGUGGAUCUCUUUCUACCGCCAUGUACUAAUCGAAGAUACGUUUUGGUCUGAAUUUGAGCCUCAUAUCUUACGCUUCUACUACGAAGCCGCAGGAGGGGGCGAUAUACCUGCUUUGUCGGUUCUGUUUGACCGGGCAAAGUUUGACGUUGAUUUCACGCACAACGACGAACGACCUCUCGCACAUGCAGCUCGCAACGGCCACGCCAAGGCAGUUCAUAUGUUAUUACGUAAAGGUGCUGGGGUCAACGCAAUCAAUCAUGGUACUUCUGAAUUCCUCAACGCUCUCUGUGGCGCUGUUGCUGGAGGGUACUAUAACAUUGUGCAGGCAUUGAUUGAUGCCGGAGCAGAUGUCAAUGCAAUGAGGCGUUCAUAUCCCGAACACGACUUACCUCUGAUCCAAGCGGCGAAACAUGGGCAUCUGGACAUUGCAGAACUUCUUCUUGACAACGGAGCAGAUAUAUCCAAGUCAAAUGUACUCGCGACGGCAUCGAUUGCUGGCCAUACUCGGCUUGUCGAACAUUUCAUGAAUGAACUUGACCAAGAACGCGGAUACUACCAUGGUUUCAGAUCCAUUUCCAAGAUCUUUUCCACGACUUUGACCAAAUUGUGCGAGAAACGUAAUUUGCAGGCACUGGUCGUUCUCCUCAGCGCUUCGACGUUGAGCCUUGUUCCUGAAGCUUCCGUCAUACUUACAAGAGAGAUGGUCCUCGCUGCUAAAGCCGCACAAUGGGAGGUGGUGAAAGUCCUCCUCGAGUUCGGCGCUGACGUCAAUCACAAGAGCUUUUACAAUGAUGUUGGUGCCUAUGAGGUGCUUCUGCACCGAGCCACGCGGUUUGGUCAGAGAGAUUUGGUCGAAGUCUUACUAGAAGCCGGCGCGAACGUGCGUGCUACCUGCGAGUACCGUCGUGAUGAUGACUAUGGGUCAAAGGAGACCAAGACUGCUUUGAUGAUUGCCAGGGAGAGAUCUUAUACAAGGAUCGCAGAGCUCAUCCUCGCCAACAUGCAAGCGCAUCCUGAAGGAGGCGGUGGUCUGGACAAAGACGACGCAAAAUCCGGCAGCAGCAUCAGAAGCACCAAAGUGUUUCGCAUUUGGAGAAAAAUCUCGGUGCGCACGCAAAAAUCUCAUUCCCCAGCCAGGAUUACGAUGCGAAAGCUCGUACGCCGUUGA